UGUGGUUACCAGGGGAACGAGAGCCCGGAGUAGAGCUUGAGUGCUUUGCUUUCGCUCACCGAAAUGAGCGCCGGACAAAUAGCGUUACUUUUGCAAUUCAGGUAAACGUGUAGGCGUGCGGCAGCUCGAUGGAGGAAGUAAUGUAACGUCACAUCGGUGCGUUUGGUCGUAAAUUACGUGCCUUCACUCCCAGGUAGUGUUCGGUUUGUCGGAGCCAUUCAGGGACAACCUGCAAAAUGCCGUCACCGCAAGUCCUCCAGCCCGUCCUGAAGAUGAAAGUGGACGAGCUGUUUCUCAACUGGUUGAGUGACACCACGACCCAGUCGUUGCUCAAAGAUUAUCUUGACAUAAUCAAAAGCGGACAGCACGUCGACCUGUCCGAUCGGGAUGCCCAGGACAAAAUGUCCCUGACCUUCAACGAGAACAACAAUGUGGCGUCCCAGAGGAACCUGGCGGAGAAGAAGCCCCUUCCCCUCGGUACUCCUUCCAGCCCCCCAUCUGCCAGCACACUACCCUCGGGCAGUAGCUGCAAUACCAGAGUGAGCGGAUCCAGUGCCAGGGUACUACGGAGGUCUGUCAGCACAAAAAAGGCCCAGGUGAGGACGCAGGAGCCCGUCACCACAGCGCUGAGUGAAAGCAUUCCAAAGUUCUACUUCCCACAGGGCCGGCCCCAGGCCAACGUCAACGUCGACAGCCUCAUUUCCAAAAUUGAGAAAAUAUUUUCCCAAUUCCCAAAUGAAAGGGCCACCAUUGAGGACAUGGGGAAGGUCGCCAAGGCCUGUGAGUGCCCCCUCUACUGGAAAAUGCCAUUGUUCUGCCUGGCUGGAGGCGACAGGACCGGCUUCGUGUCCGUUCACAAGUUCGUGGCUAUGUGGAGGAAAACUCUGCAGACCUGUCACGACGACGCUUCUAAAUUCGUGCACCUCCUGGCCAAGCCUGGCUGUAAAUACCUGGAACAAGACGACCUUAUUCCAUUCCUGCAGGAUGUGGUGAACUCCCACGCAGGCCUGGCCUUCCUAAAGGAGGCGCCGGACUUCCACUCGCGAUACAUCACCACGGUGAUUCAGAGGAUAUUCUACAACGUGAACCGCUCAUGGACUGGAAAGAUAACGUGUUCUGAGCUCAGGAAAAGUAACUUUCUUCAGAAUUUGGCGUUGCUGGAGCAGGAACAAGAUGUGAACCAGCUGACCGAGUUCUUCUCCUAUGAACAUUUCUACGUUAUCUACUGCAAGUUCUGGGAGCUGGACACCGACCACGACCUCUACAUAGACCAGAAGGACCUGGAACAGCACAACGACCAAGCGAUCUCCAACAAGAUGAUUGAGAGACUAUUCUCAGGAACUGUAACAAGAGACAGAAAGGUGCACAAAGAGGGGCGGCUGAGUUACGCCGACUUCGUCUGGUUCCUCAUUUCUGAGGAAGACAAGAAGACCGACACCAGUAUAGAGUACUGGUUCCGCUGCAUGGACCUGGACGGGGACGGCGUGCUCAGCAUGUACGAGCUGGAAUACUUCUACGAGGAUCAGUGCCAGAGGCUGGAGACCAUGGCCAUCGAGCCCCUUCCCUUCGAGGACUGCCUCUGCCAAAUGCUUGACCUUGUCAAACCCGAGGUCGAAGGUAAGAUCACUCUGCGGGACCUCAAACGGUGCAAGUUGUCCCACAUCUUCUUCGACACCUUCUUCAACAUCGAGAAGUACCUGGACCACGAGCAGAAGGACCCCUUCUCUAGCAUACGAGAGCUGGAGACGGACGGACAGGAGGUGACGGACUGGGAGAAAUAUGCUGCGGAGGAGUAUGACAUCCUGGUGGCCGAGGAGGCCGCCAACGAUCAGUGCAACGACGCCUGCUAGGAGUCGGUUGUGUAGCCAGGCAGGGUUGAGUUAGCACGGGGGCCACGUGUUAGCAGCGGGGCCCCUUGGAGGGAGGCCAGCAUGCUGACGGAAAUGUUGUGUGGCAGUUUUAGGAGCUCCACCGACUCCUAAAGACAAGCUGCUAACCAGAGCAGGUAAGACACUGAGGGUACCAGCAGGGACAAAGUGUUCUCGUACUCCUUCUCUCCGGGUCCAUUCCCAAACCCACUCCUAGCCUCAACUCGCCCCCGCCAACCUUCCAGGCCCAUCCGGGCAGUUGUUUGGCCGACCUGGAAGAGGCUGCGUCUUAGAGCUGGGAGUCUGUUUUGCACCGCACGGGUUCUGGUUUUAACUUUACGUCCUCUAAGAAAAGGACAAAUCUGUGCUGCCUGCACCGUCUCUGUCCGUCCCCUUGUGUGUUGGUCCUUUGUACCCUCCAGUGCACCGUCUUCUGUCUCUUUCAAGGAAUAGUUUGACAAUUUAGGAACUUAGAUUUUUCUCCUUUUGUUGCCGAAACUCCGAAUAAAGAUCGUCACCACUCAAACUCCUAUUAAUCAGAAAAUUGAUGUCCUGGAUUCUUACCUUGAGGUUGCCAAGCAACCAGCUAAGUUUUUGCUGCUACACUUUAGUUUUGUUAAUCCUCUUUAAAGGUUUCAUUAGGUGUUACUUUUCAAACACAGUGGGUCCAGCUGUUUCCAGUCUUUGAGCUAAGCUAACCAGUUGAAUAUGCAUUUAUCCGGAUGUCAAACUAUUUCUUUAACGCAGUGCUCCUGUGUCCAUGUCCCUGACGCUGUCCUCCGUGUGUCCGUUUAGGUUGGAUAAUCCUUUGAGCUCCUUGGGGCAGCACAUCUCCCCUGAGCUCGGUCCCACAAAGAGACACUUCUUUGCCAUCCCCAGUCCGCACUGCAACCUGGACCUGGAUGAAUACGAGUACGAAGAGGACUUUGAGUGACCGUCUCCUCCCUCCACCGCUGUCUGAUGGACACCGCAUCAAACAUCUGGCGGAGAUGUUUUAUUCUCACCCGUCCCACUUAAAGACGCCUCACAGUCGACUCCCCGAUGUCACGAGCAGGCCGUCGCUUCACCCCCAUAAAGUCACUUUGUAUCAAUGUUCUGGGCGAGUGUGACUCUCCCACAUCGGUGCCGUGUGACCACAUUCACACGCGCUUCAUCACAGAGGAGCUCCCUGGAUCGUUGGGCAGGAACAAAAGUAGAUUCAGCUUUUUGAACUUUGGCGCUAUUGGCUAAUGUCACAUUCCAGCGAUGCCAACGGAAAAGGUUUCUACAAUCCGUCAGAUUCAUUCACGGUUAUCUGUUGGAGCGAGGAGCGGGUGUAAAUGCCAAACAAGCCACGAUGAGCCUGCUGCACACAGACUGCCCCCCCCCCUCACACACACACACACACACACUCUGUAUAUUGUACAGGUCUGGACUCAUUAUGAUAGAUUUACUGGAUGUGUGAGAUGGGUUUACCAUUAAAUUAUUAGAGAUGGAUUUAUAAAUAACUGUAAAUAUUUAUUUGGUGCUUGCUGUGUUGUAAAUGAUUUGAGAAAAUGUUUUACAACAAAUUCGUUUUUUUCUAUGUUAUCAAGUACUUCCUUUGAAUGUACUUUUGACAGAACAAAAGGAACCAAUUUUAAAAUGUUGUGCUUUUCUUUAAAUUAAUAAUAAAGUCUUGGUUAAUGAGUACAGGAAGGUGCCGUUUCAUUUCAUCCAUCUUGUAAAAACGUGUUUGAUCUGUCCACUGAAAACCACGGGAAGGAUAUUAAAAUGUGAAAAAAUGUG